AUGUUCAAGAUCGAAGCCUAUAUUCUGUAUUCAUUAAUUGCGUGGAACCUGCCGGGAUCCCAGUCGCAGUCGCAGGAUGAAGCCCGGUCUGUGUGCCUGCUGCAAGAUCCGCCGAAUCAGUGCGGCGAGUUCUGCCUGUCGGUGCUGGAACCCCUUUUGGAUCACAUUGCCAAGCACCAGGAGCAGUGGAACACCUCCGACGCCCUGCAGCUGAACGACACCCAAGCCAAACUGGACCGAAUCCAGACCAAGCUGGACGGGCAAACCAUAUCCCUGGGGGAUUCCCUGAGAAAAGUCAUAGCCCAGGACUUUCAGGAUAAACUGACCAGGCUGGAGUCUCACCAGACGGACAUUCAAAAGUCAUUGGGAUCGCAACUGGAAGUGCAGAUCAAUCUGGAGAAGCAGCAAAAGACCCUGGCGGAAACCUUUAAGAACGUCGUUCCGGAGAACUUUGCGGAGUUGCUGGGCAAAAUGAAAGAGGAGCAGACAUCCUUGCAGGAGACUCUAAAGAAAAUUCCACUGGAUAUCGAGGAGAAGCUGGCCACAAUGCAGGAUCAACAGAAGUCCCUAAUGGCUCAAUUAGAAGAUCAGAAAUCCCUGCUGGAUGCUCUCAGGAAAACCAUCCCAGAAAACUUAGGGGAGAGCCUGAGCUCAUUGCAGGAAAAUUUGAAGAAAAUCCCGGAGGGCUUAGAGGGAAGACUGGAGAGGCUGGAAAAUAGUCAGAAGGAUGUGCAGACGAAGAUGGAGACGCAGCAGGCCAAACUUGUGGACACUCUUAACGAAAUCUACGCAAAAGUCUAUUGGCCGAAGUUUGAGCGAAUCGGCUCUAGACUUCUAUUUUUCGAUCGCCAAAAGGCAUACACUUGGCUUACGGCCGUGAGCACCUGCCGCGAAAUGGAUGGCUACAUAGCCUCCAUCAAGGACCAGGAGGAGUUGGACGCCAUUAAGGGGAAACUGGCUGGCAGGCACUACUGGUUGGGCAUCAACGACCGAGACACCAGGGGAGACUACGUAUCGCACGCAUCCGGAAAAAAAGCCCCGUUCUUGAUCUGGAAAUCAGGGGAACCCAACCACGGGCAAAGCGACGAGCGCUGCGUUGAGCUUGUGGAUGGCGAGAUGAACGAUGAACCGUGUUCCAAGGAGAAGUUCUUGAUUUGCCAAACUAACUCUGAUUUGUAG